AUGAAAGAAGAAGGGGAAAUGAACCGACGAAUCGCAGCCGUUUGCCGACAAAUGCCAACACCUACUUCAGGUAUUCCAGUUGUGCCUUAUUGGAAAUUCUCCGACAAAUGUGUGAAUCAAGCUUUACUAUCCAUUUACCUAAGACAAAGAGCACAGUUACGUAAGAAUUAUCAGAAGGUAUUUUAUGUUAAGUCAAGGUCACACUUUGAUGUGAUUACAGAUUUUAGGCAUCAACUCUUGCAAAAGAAGAAGUUGAAAAAAACCCAACUCAAUAACUUACAUCCAGCAAAUCAGCUUUGCGUCAUUGUGUAA